AUGAAAAAUGAAAGAAAUAUAUCGCUAUGCAAAAGAUGCUUCGAGGAAAAUAAAUGUUCAGACAUUUUAUUGGAUGAAAAGACAUACAAUGUGAAAGGUGCCGACAAGCUAUUUGGAGAUGCUUCACAAGAGGAGCUGUUUCGUCCAUUGAUAUAUGAUCUACGCUGUGACUGCCGUACCUUGCAGGCACAGGCAAAACUACCUUGCGGCCGGUAUGUCUGCUACCACUGCGUCGAUCUCUGGAAACAGACAACUUGCAAGACAAAUGGAGUGCAAUGCCCUAAAUGCCUUGAUACUAUUUCUGAAAAACAUCUGCGAACAUUCUUGGAUAAGUAUGAUGAGUCAGAAUGCUAUCUGAUUCCAACUGCUGACCAGGAAAGGAAUUGCCGUCAUCACAAACAUUGGAAGGUAAUCUGCGAAUCAAAAUUAUUAAAUGGUGGCCAAACAAUAUCACGGGAAAAACUGUGUCUGAGGUGUGUUUCGCAGAACAAGAUAUUCCCGACAAAAACGGUUCACCAUUUUCUACAGAAGAACGAUUUCAAAAUGAAAGAUUUUUACAAAGCGCCAGAAAGUGCCCGCUACAGUAGCUUAUGCACAUAUCACAGACAUCAUAAGGAGAUUUGCCAGUUUCCUUGCGGAAAGAAGUACUGUCUCCGUUGCAUUGAAGAAUCACUAUCAACAGAACAACGACAUGUCAAUAUUGCUGGCUUAGUUGUCGAAUGUGUUGAAUGCAGAAAUUGCGCCGAUGUAAUUCCUUUAGAAUUCGUUAAGUCAGCUAUAGAGAUGUUUACGGAGGAUGGAGGCGACGUUGAAAUAACGUUUAUGAAAUAUAAACGAUGUUCAUGUGGCAGCAACGAGGAAACUGCUAGUUUCCCAUGUGGAGCCUCGCUUUGUGAAAACUGCUUUGUAAAAGCCAGCAGUCGGAGUACAAUACACGUGUUAGGCAAUGAAUGCAUAACAUGCCCAGGCCGGGGCUGCAACGAUGUUAUCCCUAUCCAUACUCUUAAGGCAUUCUUCAGCAAAGGCGAAAAGGCAGCAGACAAACUUAUAGAACAAAAACACAAACCAAACCCAGCGCCGUCUGGCACGGGUAAACCUUCGACAGCAGAUUUAGUGGUUAAAAAAUCGUCAAUUUCACAGCCGGCGAAUGAAGGUCAUGAAGUGAUGGAUACUGCCUUUAAUGAGUCAGUUGGUACCAAGUCAACCGUACGGAAUUCAGAUACUGGUAGCGAAACACCUUACAGUGAAAAUAAUCCUACACAGAAAAAGUCCAGAAUGUCCCUAGAGGAAAGGCCACAUUCAAGUACUUCCAGCCGGGGUAAAGACCAUAGGAAGACAGCAGACAUAACUCCAGAACAAAACCACGAAUUACACACAGCAUCGUCUGGCACAGGGAAACAGUCGACAGAAGGGUCAUCGGUGGACAAACAACCUCAACCGCCAACGUCACCUUCGAUGAAUGGUGAUCGCGAAAUGGUGGAGAAUGGCUGUAAUGCACCAGUAGGUAACUUGUCAACGACAACAAAUCCAGAUACUAACUUUGAAGUACAAAAUUUUCCAUCAAAGGCAAAGCUCAAGAAGUAUAUAAAAGAAAAGCCUUGUUUAAUCACUUGCAGUAAGGAUGAAAACCAUCGGGAGGUAAAGAGUGUUCUGUUUGAUAGUAUAUGA